AUGUUCCGUCCGAAUGUGGAAGAAGGUUUUGAUUCCGAUGACAAAUUCAUCUAUGACUACCCCAUCAAUGUAAAGAAAACGAACGUCAGAAACGUGCCCAUUCUUAUAGGAUACAACAGUGACGAACGUCUCGCACAAUACGAAACAUUACCAUCCGCAGAUUUUGCAAAGCUAGACCUAUUUAACAAUCAUUUGCAAUAUUUUAAUCUAGAUGAUGACAGUUUUGUUGAAAUGGAGGCACUUUUAAGACAUUUCUAUAUAGGAGAUGAAAAAAUUAGUGAAAAUGUCAAAAAUGAAUUGAUUAAAUUCGAUUCAGACUUCUCUUUUAAUCAUCCAGUACAGAGAACUAUACAAAAAUAUUUAGACGCCGGAGCGAGGAACAUUUAUCAGUACGUGUUUUCUUAUGAUGGUAAAAGAAAUUUUGUUAAAGACAGAUUAAAUGUAACAGCAGCAGGAGCAGCGCAUGCAGAUGAGAUCGGAUAUUUCUUUGACAUUUCAUACAUGGGGCCACCCUCUUCGGAAGACCAAGUUAUCAUCGAUCGUGUCACCACAUUAUGGGCAAACUUCGUUAAAUUUGGAAACCCCACUCCGGUGACAACAGAAUUAUUGCCUGUACAAUGGCCGCCAGUCACAAAGGAAUCGUUGAACUACCUGAAUAUCGACUCUGAACUCAAAGUUGAGAAGAGGCAUUACAAAUCAAGAUGGCUUUCUGGGAUCUGUUUUAUAAACUCAAUGAAAAUGCCCAAAUUGGCUACGAAGACAGUUCUAAGGCUAUAUUUCACCUGGACGACAUGUAACCGGCGGUGCAACCAGUAA